UAUCUUUUACAUUACAGCAGAAAUAUUCAUAUUUUGAUGGCCAAUGUAUCAUUUGACCGGGUUAGCUAACAAUUCAUACGUUUAGCUUGCCAGUAGAGUCACGCCCUAGUUGCUAAUCGGGAUAAACUAUUUUAGUUGAUAUAAAUGAUUUGAUAAAUAAUAUAGCUCUGUAUGAAAUGAGGUUUUCUAUAAUAGUUAAGGGAUGAUGUAUGGUUAGUGGGAUAACAGACAGGACACUGCAGCUCGGUGCUUUUAGCAGGGCGGCUGUAUAAAACAUCAGGAAGAUGACAGAUUGACCAGACCAGUGCCAUGGCUGCUGGCAUCACGAUCCGAAGAUACCAGGAUGAUGACAAGGAGGUCGUGAAGGAGAUCUUCACCAUGGGGAUGAGCGAGCACGUCCCCUCCUCCUUCAUGCACCUCCUCAAACAGCCCCUGACCCAGAUGAUCCUGAUGGUCACGUUCUGCGCCCUGCUGGCCAGCUCCAAGUCCUUCCUGCUGCCUGUAGUAGGAGUCACUCUCCUCCUGGCCGGGGCCAAGCAGCUGGUGGGCUACCUCUUCAACAGCUACAUCGACACCUCCCUGAGGAAGGACCUCGACCACAUCCAGGAGACCUACCUGGAGAACAAGGACUCGUGUUUCUGGGUGGCUGAGAGCGACGGCCGGGUGGUGGCAACAGUGGCCUGCCUGCCCGCGGAGAGGGAACCGGGCUGCAUGGAGCUGAAGAGGUUGUCUGUACGCCGGACACACCGAGGGAUGGGUAUCGCCAAGGCCCUCAGCGGGACAGUGGCAGACUUCAGCAGGGAGAGAGGCUUCCCUGCGGUCGUCCUCUACACGUCUGUAGUGCAGACGGAUGCACAGAGGCUGUAUGAGAACGUGGGCUACACACGGGUCAGAGAGUUCGUCAUCCCUGAGCCCAUCGCCAAAAUCACCAACUUUACCCUGAUAGAGUACAGACUGGACUUACUGCAGGGGGGGAAAUAGGAGGAGGACUGGACUUACUGCAGGGGGGGAAAUAGGAGGAGGACUGGACUUACUGCAGGGGGGAUAGGAGGAGGACUGGACUUACUGCAGGGGGGAAAUAGGAGGAGGACUGGACUUACUGCAGGGGGGGAAUAGGAGGAGGACUGGACUUACUGCAGGGGGGAAUAGGAGGAGGACUGGACUUACUGCAGGGGGGAAUAGGAGGAGGACUGGACUUACUGCAGGGGGGAAAUAGGAGGAGGACUGGACUUACUGCAGGGGGGAAAUAGGAGGAGGACUGGACUUACUGCAGGGGGGAUAGGAGGAGGACUGGACUUACUGCAGGGGGGAAAUAGGAGGAGGACUGGACUUACUGCAGGGGGGAAUAGGAGGAGGACUGGACUUACUGCAGGGGGGGGAAAUAGGAGGAGGACUGGACUUACUGCAGGGGGGAAAUAGGAGGAGGACUGGACUUACUGCAGGGGGGGAAAUAGGAGGAGGACUGUACUUACUGCAGGGGGGGGAAAUAGGAGGAGGACUGGACUUACUGCAGGGGGAAUAGGAGGAGGACUGGACUUACUGCAGGGGAAAUAGGAGGAGGACUGUACUUACUGCAGGGGAAAUAGGAGGAGGACUGGACUUACUGCAGGGGGGAAUAGGAGGAGGACUAGACUUACUGCAGGGAAAUAGGAGGAGGACUGGACUUACUGCAGGGGGAAUAGGAGGAGGACUGGACUUACUGCAGGGAGGAAUAGGAGGAGGACUGGACUUACUGCAGGGGGGGAAUAGGAGGAGGACUGGACUUACUGCAGGGGGGGGGAAUAGGAGGAGGACUGGACUUACUGCAGGGGGGAAAUAGGAGGAGGACUGGACUUACUGCAGGGGGGGAAAUAGGAGGAGGACUGGACUUACUGCAGGGGGGAAUAGGAGGAGGACUGGACUUACUGCAGGGGGAAUAGGAGGAGGACUGGACUUACUGCAGGGGGAAAUAGGAGGAGGACUAGACUUACUGCAGGGGGAAUAGGAGGAGGACUGGACUUACUGCAGGGGGGAAUAGGAGGAGGACUGGACUUACUGCAGGGGGGAAUAGGAGGAGGACUGGACUUACUGCAGGGGGAAUAGGAGGAGGACUGGACUUACUGCAGGGGGGAAUAGGAGGAGGACUGGACUUACUGCAGGGGGGAAUAGGAGGAGGACUGGACUUACUGCAGGGGGGAAUAGGAGGAGGACUGGACUUACUGCAGGGGGGGAUAGGAGGAGGACUGGACUUACUGCAGGGGGGGAAUAGGAGGAGGACUGGACUUACUGCAGGGGGGGGAAUAGGAGGAGGACUGGAUUUACUGCAGGGGGGGGAAUAGGAGGAGGACUGGACUUACUGCAGGGGGG